GCCUCUCCUGCACACAUACAUGGCGGCACCGGGUCGCGCCCCCCUCCUAACCGCCGCCGUCUGCCCGUCUGCACGCCCAUGGCCACCCUCGCGCCACGCCCCGACCUCCUCCUCGUCGCUCUGAGAAGGUCCCGCGCUAGGACGCUUCGCGUCCGCGCCGCCGCCGUCCCACGUGCCCGCCGUCCUCCGGUGCCACCGCAGGCAGCGCGGCGCGUCUUCCUCGGCCUCGGCGCCGCUUUCGUCGACCAGCUCGCCCGCAUGGCCUCUGGUGGUGCCCCGUCCCGCUCGUUCGUGGCCGCGGCGCGGCCAAGGCAGGGGGUCUCCCCGGUCGAAGAGAUUUUGAAGAAUGUGGAGUGGCCGGACGAGUUCCCUUUCAAGCCCGACGACUUCGGCCGCUUCGACGAGUCAUCAGAUACUGUGUUCUAUUCGGCUCCCCGUUUUGUCACGCACAUUGACGACCCAGCAAUCAGAGCGCUCACAAAAUACUACUCGCAAGUUCUUCCUCCAAGCAACACUCCAGGCGUGGCCAUCCUGGACAUGUGCAGUAGCUGGGUGAGCCAUUAUCCAGCUGGGUACAAGCAAGAGAAGAUCGUAGGGAUGGGUAUGAAUGAAAACGAGCUGAAAAAGAAUCCGGUUUUGACAGAGUAUGUUGUGCAAGACCUCAAUUUGAAUCCGAAGCUUCCUUUUGACGAUAACACCUUUGAUGUUAUAACGAACGUGGUUAGUGUAGACUACUUGACAAAACCAAUGGAUGUUUUUAAGGAGAUGAGACGAAUACUUAAACCAUCUGGAUUAGCUAUCAUGAGCUUUUCAAAUCGCUGCUUUUGGACAAAAGCUAUAUCCAUUUGGACAUCAACUGGUGAUGCUGACCAUGCUUGGAUAGUUGGUGCAUACUACCAUUAUGCUGGAGGGUUCGAGCCCCCUGAGGCUGUUGAUAUAUCUCCCAAUCCAGGACAAACAGAUCCGAUGUACAUUGUUUGCUCUAGAAAGAAAACUGCUUAAUUAAAUAUAUUUUGUAUCGGAAUUUUGCUUAAAAGACCAAAUACUAGCUGACGCACAUAUAUUUCUACCAAGAGGUGACUACUAACGACUCCGGUCUAUUUACAUGUACAUGAUUUCAUAUGUGGCACUCACUCGUAUAUUCUGCAGUGUUAAGUAUUUUUUUUCUAUUAGGAAAAGGCAGGCGUUCUGUCAUUCA